AUGGCUUCUUCAGAUGAUAAGGUUAGUAAUCAUAUACCUGAUGAUGUUGCUUUCUUCAUUCUGUCCAAACUUUCUCUAAAGGCUCUUAAGCGAUUUACCUGUGUACGCAAAUCAUGGGUUCAUUUGUUUGAAAACCCUAAUUUCAUCAGUAUGUUCUGUAACAAUUUCAUAUUGAAAGAUCACUCUUUUUACGAUGAUACAUGUCUGCUCCUAAAGCAGACCGUGCCUGGUCACUACUAUCAUUGCGCAUUGUAUUUGCUCUCUGGUGAAAACUUUGAGAAUAAGGUGAUAUUAAAUUGGCCACCUCCAUUUCAAGCGGAUGACAUUGAUAUGGAUAUUUUGGGAUCUGGUAUUAAUGGUACUCUUUGUCUCCAUCGAUAUCAUAGAACAAUUGUGCUCUGGAACCCAACUAUUGGGGAAUUUAAGGUCAUUCCUCCUAGCCCCAUUGAUUCUCAACUUCAUGACCCCACUUCAGUCACUCUUCAUGGAUUUGGUUAUGAUUCUGUUAGAGAUGAUUACAAGGUGAUUCGACAUGCAGAGUUUCAUCAGAGAAACGCCUUUGCUGGUAGUCUCAUAGUUGUGCCAUUGGAGCGUAGGCAAGUCUGGGAGAUGUAUAGCUUAAGAAGUGAAUCUUGGAGAAAACUCAAUGUUGAUAUGCUUCCUUGUAAUAGAAGAAAUGCUGGUGCUGAGGUGUAUAUGGACGGAGUUUGCCAUUGGUGGGGAUAUGCAUACGAUGGACCAUGUUUGGUAUCAUUUAACUUGAGUAGUGAGGUGAUCCUUACAACGCCAAUACCCCUAGAUAUGGAUGAGAGUUUUGAAUGGAUGGAGAGACACCUAGCGGUGUUAAAUAUGUCCAUUGCUAUAAUCUCACAUCAUGCAAAUAAAAAUUACUUUCAUAUAUCAGUUUUAGGCGAACUCGGUGUGAAAGAAUCAUGGAUUAAACUCUUUGUUGUUGGACCUUUACCUUGUGUUCAUCGUCCUGUUGGAGUCGGGAAGAAGGGUGAUAUAUUCUUUAUAAAAGAAGAUAGUGAAGUGAUCUGUUUGAAUUUAAGUAAUGGAAUGAUCAAGGAGAUUGGUGUUAAAGAAGAUUUAUUUCGUUGCCAGAUAGUCAUUUAUAAGCCAAAUUUUCUUCCGAUUGGAAGACUAAAUAAUUAA